GCAUUCUCAGCAUCACUCAGCCGCAACUAUUCCCUCCCCAAAAGAGCCACAUCUUCACAUCGGAGAGUGAAAUCGUUGCAGUCUCUUAUUAGUUAUCCCUUAACCUUUCUCCAAAAAUGGAUGUAUCUGUGGAAAGUGAAGAAAGACCCAAAUUCAGAGAUAUCAGACGCUAUUUUUGCAAAUAUUGCGGCGUCUGCAGGUCCAAAAAAACCCUCAUCACCUCUCACAUCAAUUCUAACCAUAAGGAGGAGGUGGAAAAGACAGGAGUUGAAAUAGAUCCUGAAGUAGAGGGUGUAAAAUCCAACACUUGCGAGGAAUGUGGUGCCAGUUUCAAAAAGCAUGCCUACUUGUUGCAGCACAUGCUAUGUCAUUCGUUUGAGAGACCAUAUGUGUGUACGGUCAAUGAUUGUCAGGCUAGUUACAGAAGAAAGGAUCACUUGACUCGUCACAGUCUACAGCAUCAAGGGAAAACUUUUAAAUGUCCUAUUGAGAAUUGCAACCUUGACUUCUCUAUCCUGAGCAAUAUGAAAAGACAUGUCAGUGAGUUGCAUGAUGACAGUUCUACUACCUCAACUAGUGUUCAAAGUCAGAAGCAGUAUGUAUGUCCAGAAAUUGGCUGUGGAAAGGUUUUCAGAUUUGAAUCAAAGCUACGAAAGCAUGAAGAUUCUCAUGUUAAGCUGGAGUCAGUAGAUGUAGUGUGCUUAGAGCCUGGUUGCAUGAAACACUUCACUAAUGCCCAAUGCCUUAAAGCCCAUAUAAAUUCCUGCCAUCAAUAUGUUACCUGUGACACUUGUGGGACCAAGCAACUGAAGAAGAAUAUUAAGCGGCACCUCCGUACACAUGAAGCUGGCACUUCAUCAGAGGCAUUUCAAUGUGAAUUUAAGGGUUGUGGCUGCACAUUCUCAACCAAAUCUAAUCUUCGUAAGCAUGAGAAGGCUGUGCACUUUCAAAAAAAACCUUUUGUGUGUUGCUUUCCUGAAUGUGGCAUGAGCUUUGCUUACAAACAUGUCAGAGAUAACCAUGAAAAAACUGGGAAACAUGUUUAUACCCUUGGGGAUUUUGAAGCAGCUGACGAAGAAUUCAGGUCAAGGUCGAGGGGAGGGAUGAAGAGAAAGUGUCCUACUGUUGAAAUGUUUGUCAGGAAGAGAGUUACACCUCCUAGUCAAUUGGAGAACUGGUUACUUAUGCUGGAUACUGACUAAGAUGCAUUGAGCUUUGUGUGCUCUGAACCCUGCCCCUAGAAAAAUAGACAAGGAAUAUCAAACACGUUGUACUGCUACCACAAUGUGCAUUUAGUAGAAAUUGUGUAAAUAUAUAUUUCGGGACAAGGAUUAGUGUUGGUGUUACGGGUAUAGGAUUAGGACAAUAACUAUUUCUACCGUGUAUUUUGAGUACAAAUAUAUACUUGGGAUUAGGAGAUUAGUGUUACAGAUAUCAUAGUUAAUUGAGCCGCAAUAGCAUCGCGAGCUGUGUUGUAUGAGCUGUGUUGUAUGAGCGUUGUGGUGCUCUGCCUUGUGUUGUUUAAUCUAUCUGCAUCUCUUUUUGUCUCUUCUGUUUAU